GGGUAGCCUACACGAAAGGGGCGCAGGGGUAUAGCUAGCUGUUCCACCCGAACCUCACGAAUGCAUGAAGCUCUUGAACACUAUCAACCAUUAUUUAAAAUUAAAAUAUCAAAUCAUAACACAGGGACCCACUAUUUGUUACUGUGGCGCUACUUAAUUUGUCUGGCCAAUAUUGUUCAAUAUCAACAUCUCAAGUUUCAGUAAGAGAUAUUGGAAAGUCGUGACUGGGAGAACCGAUCCGUGGAUCCGUGGAGAUUUAGUUUGAGAUUAUUAAACCUCUCACGAUGGCAGGUGUGUGGACUGAAUUCUUGCGCUCUCACGAAACCUUGAGACUGAGAAAGCACCAAACUGGCCAUUAACUGGACUUAGGUGGGCUGAAGGAGGUGUUUGUGCUGCACCUUGCUUUUAAUAAGAAAGCAUUCAUCAUUUCGAGUGAAUUCUGCUGUGUAUAGGUACGAUCUUCCUCCUCCUCCUCUUCGUCACCUCCUGCGCUUCACCAAGGACAGAUCCAAACAUAACACCUGCACCUGUGGGGACAUCAUAAAUGGAAGCUGAUUUCUCACCAACUCCAAAGCACAAUCAACUUUGCAUCCUUGAAACAAGUUGCACAAGGCUUUGAUUUCUGCCAAAUCGUUUCAUCACAGGUAGGGAGAAGAUACCGAGAUGUGUCCACAAUCAACGGCAGACAUAUUUAAUAUCUCAACCAACUAAACCACACAGGGUUGUUAUAAGAGCGCUUCACCUCUCAUAACCCCGUCAUGUCUGGGGUUAUGCCUAUAUUCUUGUUCCUGUUAAUUCCUCUGGCCCAAACGAGCCCCAGGUACACCCCGCCUCUGGCCGGAUCCAAGCGGGAGAUCAUCAUAGAUGGAGACCUGGUGAUCGGAGGGCUGUUCCCCGUGCACGAGAAGGGCAAAGGGACGGAGGAUUGCGGUAAGAUAAAUGAAGAGCGUGGGAUCCAGAGGCUGGAGGCCAUGUUGCUGGCGCUGGACGAAAUUAAUCAGGACAACCGUAUCCUGCCUGGUUUGAAGCUAGGAGCCCAUAUACUGGACACCUGCUCCAAAGACACGUACGCACUAGAGCAGUCGCUGGAGUUCGUGAGGGCUUCUCUCACAAAAGUUCAUCAGCCAGGCUUCAUCUGUCCCGAUGGGUCAAAUCCUGUGCCAGACGAAUUGCCUCUGGCCAUCUCUGGAGUGAUUGGAGGAUCAUAUAGUGAUGUUUCUAUACAGGUUGCAAACCUUCUUCGACUCUUCCAGAUCCCACAGAUAAGCUAUGCUUCCACUAGUGCCAAGCUCAGCGACAAAUCUCGUUAUGAUUAUUUUGCCCGAACUGUCCCACCAGACUUCUAUCAAGCUAAAGCCAUGGCUGAGAUCAUACGGUACUUCAACUGGACCUAUGUUUCUACUGUUGCCUCAGAGGGAGACUACGGUGAGACGGGUAUUGAUGCGUUUCAACAAGAAGCCAGAGUACGCCAAAUCUGCAUUGCAACUUCAGUAAAAGUUAGCCGUUCAGUAAACAGAGGAAAUUAUGAAAAUGUUAUUCGCUCACUUCAGCAAAAAGCAAAUGCCAAAGUGGUAAUCCUUUUCACCAAAAGCGAAGAUGCACGAGAACUGCUGUCUGCCGCAGCCAGGAUGAAUGUUAACUUCAUUUUCGUGGCCAGUGAUGGCUGGGGAGCACAAGAGAGUGUAGUCCACGGCAGCGAGAAGGCUGCUAACGGGGCUUUCACCAUUGAGCUUGCCUCAUACUCCAUCAGGGAGUUUGAGGACUAUUUCACCAAGCUAACACCAGAUUUGAACACACGGAACCCAUGGUUUAGGGAAUUCUGGGAGCACAGGUUUGGCUGUCAUCUACACGAACAAGGCUGUGCCAGUAAUAGCCUGAGGAAUGGUUCAUUUAAGCCAGAAUCAAAGAUCAUGUUUGUUGUGAAUGCGGUCUAUGCAAUGGCCUAUGCCCUACACAACAUGCGACAAGCUGUGUGCCCCAAUACCACAAAGGUUUGCGAUGCCAUGAAGCCAGGCAAUGGCAAGCGGUUCUACCGGGAGUUUAUUCUCAAGACCAAGUUUGAUGCCCCUUUCAGGCCUGCCGACACUGAGAAUGUGGUCCGGUUCACCUCAUUAGGUGACAGCCUGGGCCGCUACAACAUUUUUCACUACCGCCAAGAGGAAAACAAAUUUGUCUACCGGAAGGUAGGCUACUGGGCACAGGACUUAGUGCUCAAUAUCAGUGUGGUGCCUUGGGCUUCUGGAAUAGUUCCGACAUCCCAGUGCAGUGACCCAUGCCAACCAAAUGAAGCUAAAAGUAUGCAGCCUGGGGAUGUGUGUUGUUGGAUUUGCAUCCCAUGCCAACCCCACCAAUAUCUCCUAGAUGAGUUUACCUGUAUGGACUGUGGAUUUGGAGAAUGGCCCCUUGCUAACCUGACAGGGUGCUAUGAGCUUCCAGAGGAGUAUAUCCACUGGUCAGAUGCAUGGGCAGUAGGACCCGUUACUAUCGCCUGUCUGGGGAUGCUGUGUACGCUUGCCGUGGCUGGGCUUUUCUUACGAAACAACGACACUCCAGUGGUAAAAGCUAGCGGUCGAGAACUUUCGUACAUCCUGCUACUUGGUGUGCUUCUGUGCUAUGCCAUGACCUUCAUUUACAUUGCGAAACCUUCAGCGUUUGUAUGCACCCUGCGACGUCUCGGGCUUGGCACCUCCUUUGCUGUUUGCUACUCAGCUUUGCUGACGAAGACCAACAGGAUUGCUCGGAUCUUUGGUGGGGCAAGGGACAGUGCCCAACGACCACGGUUCAUCAGCCCUGCCUCUCAAGUAGCAAUCUGUGCCGCACUUAUAUCUGCCCAACUGUUGGUCGCUCUUAUCUGGCUGUUGGUUGAGGCACCGGGGGUAAGGAAAGAGGUGGGUCCAGAUCGGAGGGAUGUGGUGACUCUGAAAUGCAACAGCCUGGACUCAAGCAUGCUGGUGUCCCUCACCUACAACUGCAUUCUCAUCAUCCUCUGCACAUUCUAUGCCUUCAAGACCAGGAAGUGUCCAGAGAAUUUCAAUGAGGCCAAGUUCAUCGGCUUCACCAUGUAUACCACCUGCAUCAUUUGGCUGGCCUUUCAGCCCAUCUUCUACGUCACUGCCAGUGAUUACAGAGUGCAGACCACUACCAUGUGCAUCUCUGUCAGUCUGAGCGGCUCAGUGGUACUUGGCUGCCUCUUUGCCCCCAAAGUCCACAUCAUCCUUUUCCAGCCUCAGAAGAAUGUGACCACUCUGAGGGCCAAAGACAACCGAUUCUCCAUCGCAACCACCGCACCGAGCUCCACCUACUCACAAGCUUCAGCCUCUACCAUAGUGCCAACAGUGUGUAACGGGCGAGAGGUGGUAGACGCUACGACAUCAUCGUUGUGAAGAUGAACUUACCAUCUAACCAAUUUUAUAUCUCAUCAUCAGAAUCAGGAAUUGAAUGCAAUUUCUCUUCAUUUGAUACUCCAAUUGAGUAUUUGCAGUCAAUCGCAGUUCAUCUCCUGGAAAAUAGAAAAGAAUAAAAGGUGUCCCAAGUGAUUGUGCGGUCACCUCUAUCUUGACCAAGCAUGUUUUUUGUCUUUCAGUUACACAACAAAGCUAUUCUUUAUGGUCAAGAGCUUGGAAAGGACAAGGACCAUUGUAAAUGUGAUUAUAAAUCCCAUGUGCCAAUGUACUAGUCUAGUAGAUUUAAAGCCACCUGACACAGGAUUGGAAGCUAUUUUUAAGAAACAUGAUGUUGAACAUGAUGCUGGACUUGGCAAUAUGUGCCCCAAUUUAUGUACACUAUAAAAGAAAUUGACUAGUCUUAAAUAAUAUUAACCAUAGACUUUUAGAGUUCUCAGUCUUUAUAACUGUAUUUUGUUGGACUUCAACGAGUCACUGUUGGGGAAAGACAUGAUAUACGAAUGUUUAAGUCUCGUGAUUACUGCAACCACAGGACCUUGAGCACCAAUGAAACUUGCACAAAAUAUUACUUUUUUUUUAUGUUCCCCAUGGUAUGUGAUUUUAGAUGCUGUAUUCCCAGUAAACUGGAGACUGUAACCAAGGUCUCAUUUUUGUUUGGUGGUAAAAUAGUCCAAUUUCAUUUGGAUAGGAGUUUAUCGUCCUUUUAGUGUUGUGGUAAAAAGUCUCACGUUUGGUCCUCAUGGAAUAGUUUAGGUGUCAUUGCAAGAUGAAAAAAAAACUAACUAUAUUCUGUAUUUCCCUUUUUUGAACUUGCAUUAAAUUCUUAGUGGUGAGUUUUGGAAAAAAGUAGGUAACAUUACAGAUGUUUUAAUGUGAACUUUGGUGAUAUACAGUGUUAUACUUGUAAUAUAUGUAAAUAAAUUAUUUUUUAAAAAUAA